GGAAGAGUCACUUUGCUGUUGCCAGAGGCAACACAGGCACCAGGCGACGCUGACAGGCAAAGUCACGAUUAACUAGCCGUUUCAAACUAAUGAGAUAAUUACUUUAGUGACUAUUUAGUUUACUUUAGUGAUAAUUGUCACAGAGUGGAAAUGGCACCAAAGGCAGCCCAGAAGGCCUCGGUCAAAAAGCCGAGCGCUGCUGGAGCCGCAGCUGGCAACAAGAACUGGGAGGCUGAUCUCAGCACAGCCCCGUUUGAAGAGGACUCAUGGCACACCUGUGUGUCGCUGGUGGUCGGGAGGGGUCCGGAGGAGGAGGCGCUGCUCCGGACUCUGUCCUCGUCCGUACAGCAGUACAGACAUUUCACCUUGUUGACGUGGGACAGCACCAUUUCUAAGAUCCAGGAACUGGGAAAUCCCAAAGCAAAAAAACCCGACAGUGUCCCUGUGUUCUAUGAGGUCACGGAACGUGCCAAGCUGCUGCUGGAUGCAGGAGAGGAGAUCCCCUGUGACCUGAUGGCAAAAAUACUGAAGUUCCAGCUGCUGCAGGUCAAAGCCAGCGAUCGUCAGAGGAGGGAGGCUGAGCAGGCUAAGGAUGAGAAGGCAAAGGGUGGUCCUUCCUCUGCCAGCAAGGACAAAGGAGGGGCCAAGGUCCCUGACAGAAAGGGAAGGACUCCGCUCCCACCUGUUGGACCUUCCAAAGAGAAGAAGACCAGCCUCAAACGCAGGGAUGAAGCUGAGCCGCCUAAGUACAUAGAUGACAAGCCAGACGAUGGUCCUCAACACUACAUCCUGGUGCUGGGCUUCCACCAGCCCCAGCUGAUUGGGCUCCUUAAUGACAUAGGUGUACAUGUAGCGAAUGUGAUCAGGGUGCAUUCAGAGCACACACAGAAGGAACAACACGGCUGUGAGGGCAGUGAGCAGAGCCAGACUGUCUCUCCAGGUCUGGAUGCAGACUCAGCCGGUGUGGAGCUGGCUGCGCAGGCCUGUAGGCUGGAUCUGUUCUGGGCAGGUCUGAGACCAGUUUUGGACAGUGCGCCACCGGACUCCAAGCUCCACAGUGUGGCUCAGCUCAGCUACACUGUCCCACUUCUCUCACCUUCCUUCAGCACACAGGACCCCGAGGCUGUGCGCGAGGCGGGAAGCCAAAUCUUUAAGGGUGUAGCCAGUCUCAUCUAUGACUGCCUGGACUGGCGCAGGCAGCACCAGCACUACCUAGACAGCAUCAAACUCAUCAACAUACCUGCUGCUGUUGGGGGGGAUUCUCAGCCUUUAGAGGUUGGGCCGACCCUUCUCCCCGUGACUCCACUGUCCAAGAAGAAAUCAGUACGGGAGCAAAGCCCAGCAGACCGAGACGCUGGGCUCCAUCCUCUCUCUACACAUGCAGACAUGCGUUAUUAUAAAAAGCUGCUGGACACGAUUCCCCCUGAAGCUAGCUCUGUGCACCUUAUCUUGCACUGUAUGCUGGAGCAGGUGGUGAUUUCCACAGAGCAGCCUGUCUCUACACAGUCCCAUGUGGCUGAGAAGCCCAGACCUCAGGACGGCCCCUGGUUAGACCAUGAGCUGGUCAGCUACAUGCUGCAAAGCUUCCUCCCCCUGGUGCACACAGAAGAGGAGAGAAGCCUCAUGUUAAGCAGCUUGCUAUCUAAAGUACAGGCUGAGGAAGACAAGAAGAGGCUGGUGGAGAAAUUCAGAGCAGAGAAGAGUCAGAAGCAACUGGAGCACCCUCAGGUUGUCAGACACCACGAUGAGCGGGCGCUGCGUUUGAAGGACAUAACAGCGGUUCAGGGUUUUGAUCCAGCAGAGGUGGAGUUGUCCAUGAUGAGGCUGACUCCUGUGGGGGAUCUGAUUCGGUCAGUGCAGCAGAGAAACGGCGCAUCCUGCUGGAUGGCGGUCAAACAGCAGCUACAGCACUACUGCACAGAUGAUGCUGUGUCUUGGCCCGAGGUGGAGCGUCUGCUUCAUCAGAGUGUAUUUGAGACUAUGCCACUGACCGGGGUGGACCGCCAUGGGGUGCUACUGAAUACUGUCCGUCCACCGACAGCAGUCCCCUGGGACAACCCACUAUCCUACGCUGAACAGCAGCUUCAUAACCUUCGGACUAAAGCUAUAGGUCCAACAUUUGUCACUGAGGAUCCUGGAAGCACUGAGCCAGCCACUGGGAGUGUGUGCAGCCAUCUGGACUUGUCUGACAUGCAGUGCUGCAGGCAGAGGUCUCUGUUUGACUGGCACUAUGCUGAACACCACGACGCUUCCGUCUUCCCACAGGUGCUCCAGUUAGCCUCAGAAGAAUACCGCUGCAUGGACACCUUCAGAGGAAGCCAUAACAACAUCCUGUACAUUUUUUGCCACAAUCCUAUGAGCCCUCACCGCCAGUGCAAGGAAUUCUGGGACGUAGCCCUUCACACUGAUGUCAAGUUCAGGACGUACCUGGAGCAUGUGGCAGAGACCAUUUCAGACUGGACAAGAGAGGAGGAAUUAAAGAGGGAGGAAAGGCAGCUCAGAAAUCUCAGCCUAGCAGAGCCGUCUAAAGAUGAAAAGGAUUCAGAUGCUACAGAGGAAGAGAACGCUUUGGAGCCGGUCAUCAGAAAGGACUCCCUCAAAGCAUGGAAGCUGGAGCAGGAGCGGCUAAAGGAGGAGGAGAUGGCCAGGAAGUCAAAGAAGGAGGAUACACCCAGAGGCAGGCUGCUACGGGAGGAGGACAAGAAAAGUAAGACUCUGUCUAGUGCCAAGAAGAGUAGAGCAGAAACAGACGUCAGCUCUGCCAAGACGCCCGUAGAGUCCACUACUACAGCAGCACCACCUGUGGAGGAAGCCACAGAGCGGCAUCAGACCGAGGAACCCUUCAAAGGUUUCACAGGCUACAGCAUGGAUGGAAAGUUGAUCCACGUGUCAGGGCGUGUCCAGUACCUCCUCCCCUCAGACGGAGGACGCAUCACUGUGGAGAAUAUCAGCUAUGUUGAAGGUUCCAGCCUAAUGAAAGUGGCAGUGAGUAAGGAUGGGCAUAGUUUCUACACACACAUCAACCAUGUUGUUGUUGGUCCUGCCAAACUGCCCCCUCAGCGCCAGGACAAUGAUACCAGUGACAUAAAGGGAGACUGUAAAGUGUCAGAGCCUGUGGACAUGAACAGAGUGAAGCAGGGCUCCCUCUCAGCAGUGCUUGACAAUGGAAUCCACCUCUCCUACAGCGUCUACGGGCCCACAGGACAAUACAGAGCGAGUCUCCAGGAAGCAGAGGGGGGGAUCCAAGAGGCCUCCACGUUUGUUCCCUCCCUCUCCUCCUCCUCCUCCUCCCCCACCCACCACUCCAAGAGGACAGGCCUGGAUCCAUCUCCCUCAAAGAGAGACACCCCAGCCACCCAGUCUAAGGUGUGUGAAGUCCAGCCAGCAAUGCCAUCAGCUCCAUUCAGCAGUCUCCACCUGUCUGUCCCUAAUGGCCUCCUGCUGCAGUUUCUCAGAGACGAUGCUGAAGGAGUGUCCUCAGAGGAGCGGGGUGUGUUGGUGAGACAGAGCUUCCCUCUCCAUGGUGGGGGAGAGGGGAGAGUCCUCCAGGACCUCUCCCUCUCCAAAGAACUAUCCCGCAUUGUCACCAGCCAGGGCACCGUCAUCUGUUACCUGAGAGACGGAUCUGCAGAGGUGUUGUUUGCAGACGGUUCUGUCAGUUUCAGCCAGGAUUGUGGUCCAGUGUGGGUGCCUGACUCGGAGGUUGACACGACUCCACAGAAAGCUAAGGACGACGAGAAAGAACAGAGCUUGGAGAAACAGGCUAAUGCUCAGAGAGGGUGCUGGUCAACCACAACUCCCUCUGGAGCUCGUAUCUGCACUGUGGGGACCACUCACCAACACAUACCCACCCCCUCUCUCCUCAGCUUCAGGGCUACAGACCCCGUCACCCGUCAGGUGAUGCUGAGCCGAGAGGAUCUGGUGGUUUCUGUCCAGAACCCAGAUGGCUCUCUUACUGUGGAACAUGCAGAUGGAACCAGGAUCACCAGCUUCUAUCAAGACAGACCACGGCACAUACUGCUGCGUGCAGGGGAGCAGCCUGAGAGCGUGACCCCUAAAUCCGCUUCUGAAUGUGCACGUGGCUGCACCGAGUGUGUCACAUGCUGUGCCGACAGCAUCAGUGAGAAGAUGCACAUCCAGGUUACUUGUGACACUGAAGAAGAGAUUAGCGGGGACCCUACGGGGAAAGAAUGCGACGAGGACGCUGGACGUUGUAUAAAGCUGAGUGAAUGUGAGUGCGUGUGCGAUGCAAAGGAGCAUAACAGCAGCGAGGAGAGUGUGUUUGCAGAAGAGACUGCAGCUGGGAAUGGUAAGAGGAGAGCAUAUGAGAGUGAUAAGGAGAGCGUGUCCACCAAAGAGCGGGUGGUGCUGGUGGAGAAGGAGGGCUGUGCCACAGUGGUGGUGUAUCCAGAGCGACACACGGCCCAUGUCUUUUUAGCCGAUGGGACUGUCAUCACUGGGAACAACCAAGGAGCUUAUCAGGUGUUCCCAUCCAGUUCGGGGCUCCUGCAGAUCCAAAGUGACGGGAAAUGCGUGUACUCAUCUGACUCACUUGUAAGCCCCAGUUCAGAGGGCGGCACCUCUAUAGACCGAGCAGGAAGCUACACCAUGAGUCACACAGACAAAGUGGCCUGUGAUGUUACAGACCCCGACGGAAACCACUUCCAGGUGAUGGAGGAUGGGCAGAUAUCAGUGCUGGACUUCAGUCCUGCUCCAAGCACACUGGAGCCUGGUGAGGAAGAGCAGGAGGACGGAGAAAUGGCCGGGCUUCAUGUAAAACACAGAGAGCAUUAUCCCAGGCUGUUUCUGAUGCGUGCGGAUGGAUCAGGAACGGAGCUGCUGAGCUCCCAAACCGUAGAGGAGCUGCUCUGCCAGGCGUACGCUGACCCUGCCAUAGCGGUGCUGAAGGAGCCGCUGCUAGACACACCCGAUGACUUUGCCAUCACCAUCCUGAAGCCCAGCCACCAGAGUGUGUGGUCCAAGUGGCUGUUAGGGAAACAAAACCCUGACAUCACCCCUCCCAACCUCAGAAACCGCAGCUGGCGCGAUUUCCCUCGAGUUGAGAAGAAGGUCCCAGGUCCUCCGUUCGGUACUGACGUCGGACGAGGUCUGACACUGAGAGAGCGGCCCGGUGGCUCUGCAGCGCAGCGUCAGCCUGUCAGGACCUGCCCUAAAGUCCUGGAGAUGAGGGAGCUCUACCAGCACCGAGCCUUCACCACAGCGCUCAGACACACUGUCGACACACGGCUGAAGGAAUUCAUAGAGAGCUUGAUGGAGAGGAUGCAGCGGUCAGAGGAGAUGAAGGUGAAAGACCCUCGCACUGAGGAGGAGAGUGUCCAGGCUAGUGAUCUGCUCCGUCUAGUCCUGUCUUUUGCAGAGGAAGACGAUGUGGGUCAGACCUUUGACAAGGCCACGUCAGAGUCCGGUCACAAAAUGCAGGAUAAAAAUUGUGAAAUGGACGUAGCUAGUCUGUACAGCCGAGGAGUCGGAGCCUCUGCUGAGCAGUCAGACAUCUCAGAGGACUCAGCUGCUAGUGACAGUUUCAGUAGUGGAAAGGUGUCAAAAUGGACUGAAAGACUUGCACAACACAGACAGGAGCUGAGUGAGGACAAGGCUUGUCGAGAGGCUCUGAGGAAGAAAAACGUUGUUCCUUAUUUCCACCUAGAAAAUAUUCCAGUAUACCAGAGUCUGCUCCAGCACCAAACAGACAUGAGGAGUCUGUCCAUGGAGCUGCCCCCGCUGCCCAGGCCAGACAGUGCUGAGACCUUCCUCAAAGAUGCCCCAACGGAGAACGCUCCACGAUCUUUAAACCCAACACCCUCUCAGUCAGCAAGUCGUGCAGCAGGAAGUGACAGGAUGCCUGAGAAGAGACCCGCAAACCCCACACCUCGGACUGAUGGUGAAGGCGCUUCGAAGGCUUCACCUGGACCGUACAAGUCACUCCGAGUGGAUGUGACUGGAAAGCCCAGGAGGACUAAAGUCAGACUGCCCACCUCCAUCCUCAGCUCGAAGCCCUGCAGCGUACCGAACCAACAGUUCCUGUCAGUGGAAGAGCCAGUGAGGAGGAAGUGUCGAACCAUUUCUCUGACUGACCCCAGUGCCAUAGUGAGGGGCUUUCAGCUCCUCCCGUCCAAGGUGGACCUUGGCACACUGCGGGAGGGCACCUCCUCAGCCGUUACUGUAGUGAUGAAGAAUGUGGGUGUUGAUACGUGCAGGUUCCACGUGAAACAGCCUCCUCCUGCUACAGGCCUGCGUGUCCUCUACAACCAUGGGCCUGUGGCUGCAGGCCUGUCGGUGGAGCUACAGGUUCAGCUGUUUGCCCAAGCAGGAGAGGUCGAGCUGAGAAAAUCCAUCUCCCAGGAUAUCACCAUCUACACUGAGACAGACAUCCUCUACCUGCCUGUCACUGCUAAUAUCCUUUGUCAGGAAAUGUUUUACUUUGGAGGAAACCGUGGCUUGUCUUUUUAG